AUGCUGCGCAACGCGACCAAAGGUGCAGCGCGCCGCGCCGUCACCGAGCUCUCCCAGUACCCGAAACCCGGCGAGAAACUCCACGGCUUCACCCUUCUCCGGUCAAAGCAUGUCCCGGAGCUGGAGUUGACUGCUUUGCACUUGCAACACGACAAGACCGGAGCAGAGCAUUUGCACAUUGCCCGCGACGACAGCAACAAUGUCUUCUCUAUCGGCUUCAAAACGAAUCCCCCGGACGACACCGGUGUCCCACAUAUCCUGGAGCACACCACUCUGUGUGGCAGCCAAAAAUAUCCUAUUCGAGACCCCUUCUUCAAGAUGCUUCCGCGAACGCUUUCGAAUUUCAUGAACGCCUUUACAGCAUCGGAUCACACCUUUUACCCGUUUGCUACCACCAAUGCCCAGGACUUCAAGAACCUCAUGUCUGUCUACCUUGACGCGACUCUGCAUCCUCUCUUGAAGGAGACGGACUUUACACAGGAAGGAUGGCGCAUUGGGCCCGAGAAUCCCCAGGCUCUUGUUGCGGCUGAGGGCAACGCAAAGCCCGAGGACAGGAAGCUUGUCUUCAAGGGUGUCGUUUAUAACGAGAUGAAGGGGCAGAUGUCAGAUGCUGCCUACCUCUUCUGGAUUCGGUUUCAAGACCAUAUUUUCCCAGACAUCAACAACUCUGGUGGUGAUCCCCAGAAGAUCACAGACCUGACAUACCAACAGCUUAAGAAGUUCCAUGCUGAUCACUACCACCCGAGCAACGCCAAGGUCUUUACUUACGGCGAUAUGCCACUGGCGGAUCACUUGAAGGAAAUCGGUGCCCAGCUUGACGUAUUUGGGAAGAUCCGGGCUGAUGUGGCAAACCAUAGCCCUAUCGACCUCAGCAGUGGCCCCAGGGAAGUCAAGCUCUAUGGACCUAUUGACCCCCUUGUGGACGCCAAUAAGCAGUUCAAGACUUCCGUUUCGUGGGUUCUGGGUGAAACCAGCAAUGUCGUCGAGUCCUUUUCGCUGGCGCUGAUUUCUGCUCUGCUCAUGGAUGGUUAUGGCUCGCCUCUCUACAAGGGAUUGAUUGAAUCUGGGCUAGGAACGGACUGGAGCCCCAACACCGGGUAUGACAGUUCGGGCAAGCUUGGUAUCUUCUCCAUUGGUCUCAGCGGUGUUCAAGAAGAAGAUGUGCCUAAGGUCAAGGCCAAGGUACAGGAGAUUCUUCGCAGCAUGCGGGACAAGGGCUUUGAGAGAUCAAAGAUUGAUGGCUAUCUCCACCAGCUUGAGCUCGGCCUUAAGCACAAGACUGCCAACUUUGGCAUGUCUUUGCUCCACCGUUUGAAGCCGAAGUGGUUUGUUGGAGUCGAUCCAUUUGACUCUCUUGCCUGGAACGACACGAUUGCUGCUUUUGAGACCGAGCUUGCCAAAGGUGGUUAUCUUGAGGGCUUGAUUGAUAAGUAUCUGACAAACGACAAUACUCUCUCCUUCACGAUGGCGCCUUCGUCAACCUUUAGCCAGGAGCUGGCCCAAGAGGAGGAAACUCGCUUAAGCACCAAGAUUUCGGAAGUUGUCAAAGCUGCUGGUAGCGAAGAGGAAGCUCGUGCUGCUCUCGAAGCUCGGGAACUCAAGUUGCUGGCCGAGCAAAGCAAGACCAACACCGAAGAUCUUAGCUGCCUUCCUAGCGUGCAUGUCAAGGACAUUCCGCGCCAGAAGGACUCGGUUAUCUUGAGACACGAUAACACAGCAAGAGUCAAGACACAGUGGCACGAGGCUCCCACGAACGGGCUGACCUACUUCCGUGCUAUCAACCAGCUGGAGAACCUGCCCGAUGAGCUCCGAAGCCUGAUCCCCCUCUUCACUGACUCCAUCAUGCGUUUGGGUACGAAGGACAUGACAAUGGAGCAGCUUGAGGAUUUGAUCAAGCUCAAAACUGGAGGUGUUUCGGUCGGCUAUCAUUCGACUUCUCAUCCAACUGACUUUACUCGGGCCACAGAAGGCCUGAUGUUCUCGGGCAUGGCAUUGGAUCGUCAUGUGCCAACGAUGUUUGACCUCUUGCGCAAGCUGGUCGUAGAGACUGACUUCGACAGUCCUCAAGCAGCUCAACAGAUCCGUCAGCUGUUGCAAGCAUCUGCUGAUGGCGUCGUGAACGAUAUUGCUUCAUCGGGACACGCUUACGCUCGGAGAGCCGCGGAAUCUGGCCUUACGUGGGAUUCCUUUCUCAAGGAGCAGGUUAGCGGUCUCUCGCAGGUGAAGCUGGUGACUAGCUUGGCAAGCCGGCCCGAGUCAGACCCGUUGGAGGAUGUUAUUGCAAAGCUUAAGCAAAUCCAACAGUUCGCACUGGCUGGCAAUCUCCGUACCGCCAUCACCUGCGACAGCGGAAGUGUCUCUGACAACGCAAAGGCGCUCUCAAAUUUUGUCAACUCGCUGCCUUCGGAAGCGGUGACUUUCCCAAGCCGGGGACCCCCCAACUUUACCCGUGAUAUCAAGACGUUCUAUCCCUUGCCUUAUCAGGUUUACUAUGGUGCUUUAGCCCUUCCUACGGCUUCUUACACGGCUUCCGCGAAUGCCCCUCUCCAGAUUCUCUCGCAGCUCUUGACCCACAAGCACUUGCAUCACGAGAUUCGUGAGAAGGGUGGCGCCUACGGCGGCGGAUCUUACGCUCGCCCUCUCGACGGUAUCUUCGGCUUCUACUCGUACCGCGACCCUAAUCCUGUGAACACGCUCAAAAUCAUGCGGAACGCUGGCCAGUGGGCGGUUGACAAGGAGUGGACUGAUCGUGAUCUUGAGGAUGCCAAGAUCUCUGUCUUCCAAGGCGUUGACGCACCCAAGGCUGUCAAUGAAGAAGGCAUGGCCCAGUUCCUCUACGGUAUCACCGACGAGAUGAAACAGAAGCGCCGCGAAGAGCUCUUGGAUGUUACCAAGGAUCAGGUCCGGGAAGUGGCCCAGGAGUAUGUUGUCAAGGCCCUUAACAACGGCUCUGAGCGUGUCGUCUUCCUUGGCGAGAAGCGUGACUGGGUCGACAAGUCUUGGGCGGUCAAAGAGAUGGACAUCAACGGUUCCGCUUAG